AUGUCGGCUGCGACCUUUUCGAACACAGCGAAUGGCGGAACAUCAUCACCCGCCCUAUCGGCACCAGAAAUUGGUGGCCACCAUGCGGCGGUAGCGAUGGCGGUGGCGGCCGCACCUUCGCCGGCGGCUGCUGUGGGACCAGCGGCGGGCCGUGACGACGACAUUGUGCGCGCUCUGGCUUUCGCCGAGGAACCCACCGCGGCCGUACUAGCGCAGACCGCCAAUGCCAGCAAUAGCAUUAAGGGAGGCACCAGUAGCACCGACGGGGGACAAGGAAGAGAAACCACCGACGUGUCUGUGUUCGCAAAGGCGGAAGAUCCAGAGCCAUGCGUGCAGCCCUCACGGGCUGCUGAAGACAGUUCGUCUGGUACCGCCGUCGGACGUCACAGCGGGGGAGCCGCGUCCGCCACGAGUAGAUCUCCCGGUGCAUCGGCUUCAGCGGGUUCAAUGAAAGCCAGCUGGCACGACCAGCGUCUUGCUGCGAGCACCACCAGCAGUGCGAAUGGCGGGCGGGUUGGGAUCGCCGAAAACGGGAGCGCUACGGCUAGCGCAAGAGGUUCGGAUGCCCGAGUCAACCGUGGAACCGCAGCCGGUUCCGUUGGUGCCGGAGAUGAAAGUGAUGCCGGGUCUGUGGACGAGGACAACGAUGACUACACCUGGUUUUCGUCGGAGAAGAGGGUUAGCGGAGGAGAGCGGAAGCACGGCAGGGGGAGGUUGGGCGGAGGGAGGGUGUAUGACAGGGUCAGGAUCACCGACCACGCGGAGGAGAUCAACACUUUGAAACAACAGCUCGCCGACGGAUCGAUCGAGGAAAGCGACGGAAGGGAAAAACUCCGGGAACUUGAAGCCAAGACCUUCACGAUCAAGAUUGGAGAUACGAUCGAAAUCCACUCCGGGAACGAUGCGCAACCUUUCGUGGGAAAGCUUGUCCUAUUGGACAGAGGAACCAGGCGAUUCCGGGUGAGGUGGUAUUUCGUGAGGCACGAAGUUGAUGCGCAACUGGCCGAAAACAUGGAGCCAAAGGAGAUUCUGCUGUCCGACUGUUUGUCUUCCUAUCAACUCCUUGACACCGUCGACCGGAAGGUUGACACAGUACGGAGAAGGCCACCGCACGCGCAAGAACUCCCUGCCAACACGUAUCUGUGCUACCGUGGGUACGACAUGAAGGCGAAAAUGAUCGUCCCUCUCCUGGAGGACGGCUCCUUGGAAAAAUUUCGCCGGGGAAAGCCGAGUACCAAAAAGGGCCAGGCGAGCGCUCGGGGGGCGGUGUCGCCUGGAGCAUCAUCCGCAGCAGCUGCACACACGCCACCGCGUGCGUCGACGUCUUCGUCCAUCAUGUCGCCGUCCAACCCGUCCCAGGAGGACAACGAUCCAUCGGAGCUGGUCUUGUUGCAAAGAUGGAACCGGACGGGACCGGAGUUCGACGUGUACGUUCCAAAGUGGACGGAACCCACGAGAAGAACCAAGCCUCCGCCAGAGGAGCACAUGGCGGCUCAGUCCAGGUUUGACGAUUGUCAACAGUGGUCGACACAAGCCCUGCCUUUUGAGCCGGAUGCCCUGAAGGAGUACCUUGCCAGGGCCAAGGCUAUCGCGCCCAUUAUCCCGGGCACAAUCGUCUACAUCAGACCCCACCCGGACGGGCAGUGGGGCGACGGAAAAACCAUCAAGCAGGUCAGACGACCCAAUGGUAGCGGUGGUGGCCGCAGCGGUGUCAGUGCAGGCCUUGACACCGGGGCCGGCCCCAGGCUGAGUUCGAUGGCGCGAUCUACGUAUCGAUGGGGGCUGGUUGCAGAGCCACCUCCCCCCGCCCAAAAGCAGCAGCUGACGCGAGAGCAGGUUCCCAGCAGAACGGAGGCAUUGCCAGUGCAGGGAACGCCAAACAUCCCGAUGAUGCAGGAGUCGGCCACGGGCAGUACCGGGGUGGAAAUGCCGAUGACACCGCAGUGGUUCAGGCAACAGCAGCAACCGCAGCACCACCAGCACCACCAGCAGUAUGUGCUGUUCGAGCAACAGCGCCAGCAGAAACUAAUGCAGGAGCAACUGGUGCAGCAGCAGCUGGUGGAGCAAUACCAGCGACGCGACCACAUCUCUGGAGAUUCUUUCCGGCCGCAGCUACAGCUGCCCCCAAACUCGCUACUGCAGUCGGAGUUGAUUCAGCAGGGCUCCAAUCUCGGAGGCCUUGCGGCAGCGCAUCCAAUGGCUGCACAAGGAGUUGCGCCGGCGUCGACGCCGCGUGGGGAUGGAAACCCUCAUGCGUUGGCGCCGUCGUCCGUAUCAGGCGAUGCGAUGGCAAAAGGAGCAGCAGGGGCGACAAACGAGGAAUCAGUUGUAUGGAUAGCUAGUCCGUCCGAGGGUAGUUCGCCGCUGCAGGUGGAACGGUCGCGCAUCGUGGGACGGGAGUUCGAGGAGGAAGCGAUGAACAUCUUGUGGGAUGCCAGAGGUCAAUUCGGAGUGGCUCUCGACAUCGUCAGGUCGAAGAGGUACCAGGAUGAUCUGAAACGAAGGCUGAAAAAUGCAGGGGAGAUAUGGACGUUCCAGCAGGUGAAGGCCGCAGUGAAGUCGUGUACGAAGCUGGCAGCAGAACGCCGCAACGAGGAGAUGGGAGAGCUUGGGGACGAAUGUACCGACGAGGCUGACCACGGCGUUGCUUCCAAGCCCUUCCGUUGUGUGGUUGACUUCAGUCGACGGUUCGCGACUCUUUCGAGAUUCGGUCAGAACUCGAAACGAAGAGGGACUGCAGAAGCAGCGACGGUAGCCCAAGGAGCAGCAGCUACAGCAAGCACGACAGCCAAACGGCAACGUCCGAAGCCGGGCACCUACAACGAUGCCCGACCGCACAAAAAACGCGCGAGGGCGGGGAGCAGCGGCAGCGAUCGAAGUUGUAAGCAAGAACAAAGCGACGAAGAGGAGGAAGAGGAAGAAGAGGAGGAAACCGACUCCUCGGAGGACGACAACUACGACCCCAAUGAGAGCGAGGGCAGCAGCGUCAUUUUCGUGCGAGGCAACAAGAGACGCCAACGAAGGAAAGACAGAGUCGAAGCCGGCAGCGGAGACAGCAGCCAGGAAGACAGAAAGGUCGAUGCGACACCAACCACGACCACGCGAAGCAGAAAACCACCGUCCCCACCUUUGGAUCCUUCACCCGGUGUCGUCCACGACCUCUGCUCUUCGGAUGAAGAAGAUGAAAUGCAGGACCUCUCCAGGAAAGGCCCUGCGGCAGGCUCUGCCGAUGCUCCUGCUGCGGGGCGCUCUCCCGGUGCCGCUGGCUGCGGUGAUCAUGAAGGCCACCAGGCCAUGGCGCCGGCAACGGCGGCCAAGGUGGAGGCGGCAGCGGCGGCGCGAGAGACACGGGGCGUGGCGGCCGAAGCAGCGGCCAGGGCGGAGGCGGACGGGGCACAUGUAGAAAAUGGAGGGCGAGCAGCCGCCGCGGGAGGAGGCGGAGGAGGAGCGGGUAUGCCGUCAGCUUGCCCGAAAGAAGCCCGUGGCGGAACCAUGAGCACGGAAAGAGAAGGAGAUGGCAGUAGCGUAGGCAGCGACGUUACGCCUCCUGCCCGCGAUGACUCGCCCGUACCGGGAGUGGCGUCCGGCAACACCGGCGGUGAAGCCAUGGCACCCAGACCGCAAACAGAGACUGGCAGCGUUUUGCAUGUUUUCAUGGAUAGAUGCAAAGCCACCCUCACUCCGGAGCUGUUUGACAAGUUCGUGUCGGCAUUGUCUCAAUAUCGUGAGCAGCGGUUGGCGAUCGGCGAGCUCGUGGACGUGGUCGGCCAGUGCUUCAACCAUCUUGAGGAACGGGAGGUGAAGCUCGUGAAAGAGUUCAACAGUUUCCUGCCACCUGGCAACGCGGUGAAAAUCACUGAGACAUGACACCCGGGUUUGGCGGGGUGCAGCCUGCAAACAUGGCGGUCUUUCACAGUUCCUUGUUGGAAACAAGGACGAGGUCAGGGUUUGGAGAAAAGCAGUGUCAGCGAUAUGAGACGGCAAUCUACUGUCUGCGGCAGCGAAUUGAGCUGGCGAGCAUCCCAAGGUUUGACCGAAUCGCACAUAGGAGAGCCAGUUCUCGGUAGAGCUUGUGUAGGAAUGGUCUCCCGCCGGCGGCAGGGAACAACGCCAGCUGAGGCGGGAUUAUUCAGUAGGCCUUCCGAGCAAGAAGUCUACAACCUGCACCACGUUUUGAACUGACUGAAGCUACGCAAGAGAGUGGCACGUUUGAGCAAGAUGAGACACACGUAGCGCGUCAUGAGCGGGGGGCGCGAAUAGGAAGGGUUGCUCACGGCCAGAGCUGUGCACGACUUCUUCCAAUGACUCGCUAUCUGGCCGAAACGGUAGGUACAUUAGGAGAUGCGUUGUGUUCGUUCCAUGAUGGCGAGUGUUGAAAACGCACAGAGCGAAGCCUGCGAGCGCUGUCAACGGUAUUAUCGUGGUGCGAAGUCCGCCCAUUGACAGUAGAACUCACAGAAAGCGUUGAUAGAUGUGAUGUCGCGGGCAGCGUGCGUAUGACUGUUUAGUGACUGUAUCCUAGAGAGACAUUACCUGGGGAAUUGGCGGUGUGUCGGAUUGUUGGUCCACAUGCCGGUGUUCAUCGAUCUAUGCGUCGCUUUUGUAGUGUGUGUUCUUGUGUGUGUGGGUGUUUCUGUCACUAGAUCAUAACAACAGUGUUUUUUGGUCUGUGUUGGAGAACGUAGGUGCUCUUAUGCGUCUCUUUGUGCCGGGCGCUAGGGAUGACAGCAGUGGAGGCAUUACAUGAUGUCGGGGGAGUUCAUCGAAGCGAUCGCGCACGGCGCAGUUUACAGGUGGUAGAAGGCUACGUUGCCGCCAUCCACGCAGAACAGGAGUGGUGACCGGUUGUGCUGACACUAUUAAUAGGAGGCGUUAGCAAGUCCUGGAUGAAUAAGCGGUUAGACGCUCCGGGCACGUAAGGGAUUACGAAAGCGUGCCCUUGAUGUACAUUUCGAAAGUCUUUGGGGAAACAGGUUUCGUGUGUACCGUAUAUUCAUUUUGUUUUGGCUGAACUAGUGAUAAAAUGUGUUUGUUUUGGUGGACACUACUUUGCUUGACCUGUGUGGCGACAGUGGUUGUAAAUGUACUGUGCGAAGGGAACCGCAGCAGUAGCAUUUGUGUGGUACAUAUCCAAACUAUGUCCUGCCGGCUCUGCGAGUUUCGACGAGACAUGUGCCGCGCUCUCGUCGCUGGUUGCAUUGCUAGGUGGCAAGCUGUGUAGGAAUGUUUGUGGAGCGAGGUUGGUGUGUGGUGCUCGCUACCACACAACCUGCAUUUGCAUGCGAACGUGCUGUAUACCGUCUGUCUCACAGGCCGGUAGGAAGUUGGGAACAACGCGAGAAUUUUACGUAAAAUAAAUGAAAAUCUGUACGGGGAGCUAAGUGGUUGCGUGGGUUGAAAGGCGAUGGGCUGUGAGUUAUCCUACGUUGUUUGCUCGUUGAUCAGGUGAUGUGUACUUGUUGCCAUGCCCGACUUAAUGCGGCAUUGUUUUUGCAUCGAUUUGUACACUUAUAAAGUACGUCGUCCGUUGUAGGCUACCGUUUUUGUGUUGAUUAGAGCAGAGUAGAAAAUGGUUCCUGUGGUUCCUGUGGAAGGUGGAACGUAGCAACCUCCAACGAAAUCUUGACGGAAAGGAAAAGGC